AUGUCGAAGGCGACGGACCCGAAGAAACCCGUAGGGUUUGCCAUCCAGCUCACGGCGGGUGGUAUGGCGGGCGCGAUGGAGGCGAUAUGUUGUCAGCCACUAGACACCAUCAAAGUCCGAAUGCAGCUGUCGCGGUCGGGCAAAGCACCAGGGACGAAACCUCGCGGCUUCAUAGCCACCGGGGCGAUGAUCGUCAAGCGCGAGACACCACUCGCGCUCUACAAGGGUCUCGGUGCGGUACUAUCGGGAAUUGUGCCCAAGAUGGCCAUCCGCUUUGCGAGUUUCGAGGCAUACAAGGGGAUGCUCGCAGACAAGGAAACAGGCGUCACCAACCUCGGUGGCAUCUUCUUGGCUGGGUUGGGUGCCGGCACGACAGAGGCGGUAUUUGUAGUGACGCCGAUGGAGGUCGUGAAGAUCCGACUGCAAGCACAAUCCCACUCGCUUGCGGAUCCUCUUGAGCAGCCGAUGUACCGGAACGCAGGCCACGCCGUAUACAAGAUCGUCAGGGAGGAGGGCUUCAGCGCUCUAUAUCGCGGAGUGUCCUUGACCGCCCUUCGGCAGGCGACAAAUCAGGGAGCGAACUUCACGACGUACCAAGAGCUGAAGAAGUUCGCGUUGGCAAAGCAGCCAGACCUGCAAGAAUUGCCGUCCUACCAACACAUGCUCAUCGGCCUCGUUUCCGGCGCGAUGGGCCCCUUCUCGAACGCGCCGAUCGACACAAUCAAGACGCGCUUGCAGAAAGCGACGGCCGUCCCAGGGACGAGCGCCUUCGAGCGCGUCGCGGCGAUCGCGCGUGACAUGUGGGCGCAAGAAGGCUUCCGGUCGUUCUACAAGGGCAUCACGCCGCGCGUGCUCCGCGUUGCGCCCGGCCAGGCGAUCGUGUUCGCGGUGUACGAGCGCGUGCGGAGGGUCAUCGAGACGAUGCAGGGGAGCACCGAGGAGGAUCGGUAUAGCGAGUAGACGGGGCCGGCGGUGCGCGGUGCGCGCGGAGUCGGUCGGUGGAUGCGCGGAUGGUAGGACAGAUCAGUAGUGUAGCAUAGUGUACUAUGGCUCAGCAAUGUUUCAACGUGUUCGCGUCUUGUUGCUAGGCUUCGAGUCCCUGAGCGGAACGGCGCGGAAAGCGGUUAUUUUCGUGGCCCUUCCGCUUUAACUCUGCAGUAACCAGCC